AUCGAGUUGUUGUUCUUUAGCUUGCAAUAAUAAGUUAUUUCUGAUCGAAGAGAGAGAGAGAAGAUCGGAGUUUGUUUGGGGGUGGCCCCGGGGUUCGAUCACGGGAGGUUUGUGAAAAUGCCGCACAGAACCACUUACUUCUUCCCGAGGCAAUUUCCGGAUAGAGCAGGCGGAUUCGAUGCAUCAUCAUCCCCAACUAAUAACUUCCUUUUAGAUCACGGUAAUAAUAAGAUUCAAAAUGGGGGAAAUUCCCCAUCUUCCAAUCCCUACCACGAUCAUCAUCAUCAUCAUCAUGAUUCCUACCAUGAUCUCCCUCCUCCCGCGGGAGGAGGAGGGGACAAGAUUCACGGGAAGCAAUUGUCUGCUUUUGUCGAUUGGCUGGCGGAGAAGAAAGUGAUCAUCAGAGACGACAAAUCACCCCAUGAGAAUCCUCGUCAUCACUUGAAGUCGUCUCAAGUGGGAGAGGAUGAUGGUGUGGUUGUGGGCGGCAAUGAAUACAACCUCCUCUUGCUCCCAACUCCACCCGAGGCCGUGCCGAAAGUUGUUGUCGGCUCUGACCACCGCCUCCCUUCACAUGGAAAGAAACCAUCCUUGCAGAGGCCACCGUUUAGCGGCAGCAAACCCAGCAUUGUGCCAGCCAAGAAGGGGCUUGGUGUCGAAAGGAAAGCAUCUUUGCAGCAGCUUUCAAGCGCGGGGAGCUCUACCUCUGCUUUCAGUUUGUUUUCAGGCUCCACAUUGGAAGGGAGCUGGCCAAGUACCCCAGUGAGGGAUUCGCACAGCUCUACCACCACGGAGGCAGAGGUGGAGGAGUGCGCGGCACCAAAGCAUAGCAGUCUUAGAGAUGGGGAGGAUGAGUUGGUGCCAAGGUUGAGGGAGAGCUAUUACUUGCAACUCACCCUUGCCAAAAGGAUUGUUGAGCAAGCAACUGUUGCUAUUGAUGAGCCUCUCCAAGAAUGCAUCGGUGGGAAGGGUCUUCCAGUAUCUUAUGAUCCCGAGACCGUGUCAUUCCGCCUCUGGGUAAGUGGCUGCUUGUCAUACGCUGACAAGAUAUCAGAUGGAUUCUAUAACAUCUUGGGGAUGAAUCCGUAUUUGUGGGUUAUGUGCAAUAACUCCGAGGAAGGUGGCAGAUUACCAUCUAUGAAGGCACUUAAAGGUAGUGAACCCAGUGAUACAUCCAUGGAAGUGGUGCUCAUUGAUCGGCGAGGAGACUCUAAGCUCAGGGAACUAGAGGAUAUGGCUCAAGAAAUAUUUUUCGCUGCAGAGAACACACUAGUGUUAGCGGAGAAGCUUGGAAAACUCGUUGCUGUCCAUAUGGGGGGAUCUUUUCAAGUGGAACAAGGUGAUCUUUACACUCGCUGGGAAAUUCUCAGCAAGAGACUUAGGGAUCUUCAGAAGAGCGUCGUCCUCCCAAUAGGCGAUUUGUCUACAGGGCUCUGCAGGCACAGAGCUAUUUUAUUCAAGAAAUUGGCGGACUAUGUGGGGUUGCCUUGCAGGAUAGCUAGAGGUUGCAAGUAUUGCGUUGAAGAUCAUCGGUCUUCGUGCCUCAUAAAAAUUAUGGAUGACAGGAAGUUUUCUAGGGAGUUUGUAGUUGAUCUAGUUGGGGAACCGGGAAAUAUCCACGGCCCCGAUUCAUCCGUCAAUGCAAAUAUUCUUUGCUCGGUGCCUUCCCCCUUUCAAGUUGCUCAUCUGAUGGAAUUCCAGCUACCUCACUUUGAUGGUGAUAAGGGUUCUCAUCUCCUCAAUUCAAAUUGUGGACUACCUUCUCCAGAAAAUUUUACCCUUUCAGAAGAAGAAGAAAGUCAACCAGUGUAUGACAUUGUCCUUAUUGACAAGCCCAAGCCCAAAAAUGUCAAGUGCACUCCAAAUCAGCUUUUCGUUAAACAUAAUAUAAGCAACAUAUAUAAUAAAGCAGGAGAAGGUAAAAUAGAUCUACUACGGACAAACAGACAAGAGAUUGUUCAGUCUAGACCACCAACAUUUGAUGGUAGGAGUCCUAGCAUAGGUGAAAAUGCGGAGGCUGAGAGUACCCUUGCGAAUCAGGAGAAGCGUUCGUUUGGAACUGUACAUCGAGCUGAUUGGAAUGGAUCGGAUGUUGCAGUCAAGGUGCUAUCUGUCCAAGAUUUUCUUGAUGACCAAUUGAAGGAGUUUCUAAGGGAGGUUGCAAUUAUGAAACGUGUCCGCCACCCAAAUGUGGUUCUUUUCAUGGGUGCAGUCACUAAGCGUCCACAUCUAUCUAUAGUGACAGAAUAUCUACCUAGAGGGAGUCUAUACCGCCUGAUACACCGACCAGCUAAUGGAGAGAUAUUGGAUAAAAGAAGGCGGCUACGCAUGGCUUUGGAUGUGGCCAAGGGUAUCAACUAUCUCCACUGCCUUAGUCCUCCUGUAGUUCACUGGGAUCUCAAGUCACCUAAUUUGCUGGUUGACAAGAACUGGACUGUGAAGGUUUGUGAUUUUGGUCUAUCAAGGUUCAAACCAAACACGUUCAUAUCAUCCAAAUCUGUUGCGGGAACCCCCGAGUGGAUGGCCCCAGAAUUUCUUCGCGGGGAACCCUCAAAUGAGAAGUCAGAUGUGUACAGCUUUGGUGUGAUUUUAUGGGAGCUCAUCACCCUGGAACAGCCUUGGAGUGGACUUUGCCCUGCUCAGGUGGUUGGAGCUGUAGCUUUCCAAAACAGGAGGCUUUCCAUGCCAGAGAACGUUUCUCCCCUAUUGGCAUCUCUGGUUGAAGCUUGUUGGAAUGAUGACCCUGCCCAGCGCCCGUCCUUUGGUAGCAUCGUGGAAACAUUGAAGAAGUUAUUGAAGUCUCCCCUGAAUGUGAUUCAGAUGGGAAGAGAGACACAAAAAGACUCUAGUCCCGUAACUUAGUGAAGACUGAAGAGACGCCACACCACAGCAACUGACCCCGGGUUUAGAAGCUGAAACUUUGCAAAUAACACCGACGUGCAAAGGGAAAUUUGUAAACCUAUUUUUGCGGGACACUCAAAAUAUAAAAUGCAGACUUGCACCUAAUCUGUAUGGCUAUUUGUAUCUUUCAAAAAUGUUAUUUAUAGAGAGGAUGAAACCGCACAAUGGUGUCUCGUGUUCAAAAAUUUCAGAUGUGGUUCUGAUAAUUUAUUUGUUUAUUACUCGUACACUAAUUGUCCAU